AUGGAUACCGCAAACAGUUUUGUCAUGUCGCAAUACCAAUUUGUGAACUCGCUGGCAUCGUGUUACCCGCAAUCGUCGCUGAACCAAGGCUCGAACACAAAUAACAACAAUAACAAUGUCGCGAACGCCAAUCCCAAUGGCCCCGGCGAUUAUUUCCCUCCCUCAGCAUACACGCCGAAUCUUUAUCCCGGACAGAAUCAUUACGCGCAAGGAGGUUAUGGGCCCUUGGGCGGCGGAAGUGCACAAACAGGCCCCAACGAUAUGGUCGAUUACACGCAAUUACAACCGCAGAAAUUCCUCCAGCAGCAACAAGCCCCGCAACAGCAGCAGCAACAGCCAUCGACGGGCGCCGCCUGUAAAUUUGCCAACGAUAGUCUCUCAUCAUCUGCAGGCACGGGCAAUAGCACGUCACUGUCAAGCCCGCAGGAUUUGAGUACGGCACGUGAUAUCUCGCCGAAACUUUCGCCCAAUUCUGUCGUAGAAAAUGUCACGCGAAACCUCAAAGGCGGCGUGAAUAGUAGUAAUAAUAGCGGUAAUCACAAUUCCAGCAACAAUGGACCUUUGCGGAGUCCCGAACCGGAUGAAACGGACGAGUCGGAUGCGGAAAGCGGAGGCGAAGGAGGCGGCGGAUCACAAUCGAGCGGGAAAAAGGGACCUCCGCAUAUCUAUCCGUGGAUGAAACGUGUGCACAUAGGACAAAGUACCGUAAAUGCCAAUGGCGAAACAAAAAGACAACGUACCUCUUACACCCGCUAUCAAACGCUCGAACUGGAAAAGGAGUUUCACUUCAACCGUUACUUGACGCGACGAAGGCGCAUCGAAAUCGCCCAUGCGCUGUGCCUUACGGAGCGCCAGAUCAAAAUUUGGUUUCAGAACCGUCGCAUGAAGUGGAAAAAGGAGCACAAAAUGGCAUCGAUGAAUAUCGUACCAUAUCACAUGUCGCCGUACGGGCAUCCGUACCAAUUUGACUUGCAUCCAUCGCAGUUUGCGCACCUGAGUGCAUAG